AUGGAUUUCCCCUGGCAAAACAUUCGAAUGUCCGAGUGUUCCUCGAGCGUCCUGUCCCGACUUGCGCGACCUGCACCUCUACAUCUAGAACCAUUGGACGGGACCGACCAUCGAGACCUGGGGCAUCCUCACCCUGUGAGAGGCGCAAUUCGCUCACUGAGUCAAGGUCAAUACAAUUCGCCCAAGGUCUACCGGGGCGCCGGAAAAACAGGCCCUGGAAUGUGUGGGCAAAGUAGGACAUGGUAUCACCGGCUCCUAAGCCUGAGAACAUACCCAAUCGCCAUCGAAAGGGCCAAGCGUGUUCUGACGGAGGUCCCGAUGGACGUUCCCCUGGGAUCUGCAACCUGA